AUGUUUAUUCUGACGAUCAUCUUCGCACUUUCUCUCCAAGCUCUCGGACAACAACAACCUUGUCCUGCUGGAUGGUCGCAAUUCGGGAAAAAAUGCUUUUGGUAUUCGCAAAGUGUUCAACGAACAUGGACAAACGCGAAUCGCUACUGUAUAGACAUCGGAGGGGCACUUGCGGGAACAUACGAUAACAAUGAUCUUGCAUUUGUGGGCAAUCUCAGUGCAAACUCGAUGUACCCGGUGUGGACGGGGCUUAAUCUGAAAAAUGGUUACUGGGAAUUCAUCGAUGGAACAUAUAGCUUCGGUUUGACCUCACAGUGGUUGUCAGGCGAACCACUAGCCAAUCAGGGAACUUGUGGAGCAAUAAGAACGACGAAUCCGGUUGGCUACUUCAAUAUGCAAUGUCUUAACGUACAACCAUUCGUUUGCAAUCAGAAAAUUGCCACAUGUGACUCAGCGAAUCAAACCCAACGCUACGGAGUCGUUCAAUCACCGAAUUUCCCCGAUCAGUACGCAAAUAAUGAAAAUUGUAUUCAAUACAUUACGGGAAAUCAGACAAACUUUGUCGAGUUGAUCUUCGACGCGUGGAAUGUUGAAACACCAUACGACUAUGUGACACUCUACGAUGGAAAUUAUCCAAGCGGACAAUGGACUUUACUUGCGAACCUCACCUAUGAUCCAACAAACAUCACUGACACCACCUUGAAACCAAGUUUUCAGACAACAUCAAACGUGAUGACCAUUCGCUUUGUCACCGAUUUUAGCGGAACGAGAAGUGGAUGGCAUGCAAAUUAUACGCUCAAACCCUAUCUACCGUACGUUUCUCAAUCGGGUUCAUCGGGGGUUUUGAAUAGUCCAAACUAUCCAAAUGAUUACCCAAAUGAUUCGGAACAAUGGAGUUACAUCAAUACUCUCGGCGGAACAAGGAUUGUUCUACAGUUUCUCGAUUUCCGAAUGGAGAAGAAUCGUGACUGGUUGUAUGUGUAUGAUGGAGGAGAUACAAGCUCGCCGCUUCUUGGAAAUUUCACCGGCUUCGACAUCCCCAGUCAACAGCUCCUUUCCACGAACAAUAUCAUGUCACUUUUCUUCUACACAGAUUACUCGAUUGAAGCAAAGGGAUUCAGUGCCACAUGGAAAUUGAUG